CCUCCUUCCCUCCUCCUCCUCCCCAGCUCCACUCCCUCCUGCCAAACUGUUAGCCCGAGUGUUACCGUCAGGCGCAAUGACAUCAGGGUUUUAAAACAACUUGUUAUUCGGGGAGUAAUCAGUUGCAAUUAGGCAUUAAUUAAGUAUUAUGAAAGUUGAUUAUUUAAGUGAAUUCGGCUUUCGACUCUCCGACUAUGAGUUUGGGACCAAAGAGAGAAGCAUGGAUCUUGGUACAGCUGAAGGCGCUCUAUGCCCUGACCCAUCCUCAGGAAAACCCGCGAUGGCGGCCAAGCGCAAAGGCGGCCUGAAGCUCAAUGCCAUCUGUGCCAAGUUGAGCCGCCAGGUGGUGGUGGAGCAGGGAGCAGAGACAGGCCCCCAGCCAGAAGGCGGCCAAGGCAACCCCCUGCGGCCCCGGGAGAAGGAGCAGGGCGGUGGGGUGGAGGCCAAGGUCACCCAGACGCCUCGCAGUGAGGAGGACAGGCGGCGGGCCGUGAUCGAGAAGUGGGUGAAUGGGGAGUACAGCGAGGAGCCAUCCCCAGCCCCAAUCAUAGGGCGCAGCGUCCGCGAGGGCCUCGAGCUGCCCCCCGAGGGUGUCUACAUGGUACAGCCCCAGGGGUGCAGCGAUGAGGAGGACCACGCAGAAGAAACUCGGGGGCCCGCCUCCCAGAGCAGCGGCUUCCUGGAAGAACGGGACUCAGACGGGCCAGCGCCCAAGGAAGAGGGUGCAAGCAAUGCCAAGCAGGCUUCAGGAGAAGCCUCCUCCCUCCGAGACUACGCCGCCACCACCAUGAAUGAGUUCCUGGGCAUGUUUGGCUACGAUGACCAGAACGUGAGGGACGAGCUGGCCCGCAAGGUCAGCUUUGAGAAGCUCCACGCCACCGCGGCCCCCGAGGCCUCCCCGGUGCCCCCAGCCUCGGAGGACAGCAAGAGGCCCAGGUUCUCCAAGUACGAGGAGUACAUCCGUAAGCUCAAGGCCGGCGAGCAGCUCCCGUGGCCCACGCACAGCGCCAAGGCCGAGGAGAGAGCGGGCAAAGAAGCCGGGCCCAUGCCGGGCCUGCGGCUGCCCAGCAACACGGCCAACCUGGAGACCAAGGCCACCAUCCUGCCCCUGCCCUCUCACAGCAGCGCCCAGAUGCAGGGGCUGGUGGCCCGCGCCUCCAAGUAUGACUUCUUCAUCCAGAAGCUGAAGACCAGCGAGAGUCUGAGACCCCAGAAUGGCAACACCUACAAGAAGCCGUCCAAGUAUGACCUGGAGAACGUCAAGUACCUGCACCUCUUCAAGCCCGGGGAGGGCAACCCAGACAUGGGGGGCGCCAUCGCCUUCAAGACCGGCAAGGUGGGGCGCCCCUCCAAGUACGACGUCCGCAACAUCCAGAAGCUGGCGCCCGUCAAAGCACCCCCCGCCCCCAGCCUGGCCCCCGCACCCCUGGCCAGCGCUCCAGGCGCCGCCCCCGUGGUGGGGCCCGAGCCACCCGUCUCCCUGCCUUUCAACACCCCCGAGUACCUGAAGUCGACCUUCUCCAAGACAGAUUCCAUCACAACGGGGACUGUCUCCACCGUCAAGAACGGAUUGCCCACAGAUAAACCAGCUGUCACCGAAGAUGUAAAUAUUUACCAGAAAUAUAUUGCCAGGUUCUCUGGCAGUCAGCACUGCGGCCACAUACACUGUGCAUACCAGUACCGGGAACACUACCACUGCCUGGACCCUGAGUGCAACUAUCAGAGAUUCACCAGUAAGCAGGACGUGAUCCGUCACUACAACAUGCACAAGAAGAGAGACAACUCCCUGCAGCACGGCUUCAUGCGCUUCAGCCCCCUGGACGACUGCAGCGUCUACUAUCAUGGCUGCCACCUCAAUGGGAAGAGCACGCACUACCACUGCAUGCAGGUGGGCUGCAACAAGGUCUACACGAGCACCUCGGACGUCAUGACCCACGAGAACUUCCACAAAAAAAACACUCAGCUCAUCAACGAUGGCUUCCAGCGCUUCCGGGCCACUGAGGACUGUGGCACUGUGGACUGCCAGUUUUACGGGCAGAAAACCACGCACUUUCAUUGCAGGCGCCCCGGGUGCACGUUCACGUUCAAGAACAAGUGUGACAUCGAGAAGCACAAAAGCUACCACAUCAAGGACGACGCGUACGCCAAGGACGGCUUUAAGAAGUUCUACAAGUACGAGGAGUGCAAGUACGAGGGCUGCGUGUACAGCAAGGCCACCAACCACUUCCACUGCAUCCGCGCCGGCUGCGGCUUCACCUUCACCUCCACCAGCCAGAUGACCUCGCACAAGCGCAAGCACGAGCGCCGCCACAUCCGCUCGGCGGGGGUGCUGGGGCUGCCGGCCGCGCUGCUGGGCGCCAAGGACAACGAGCUCGAGGAGUCCAGCAACGACGACCUGGUCGACUUCUCGGCCAUGAGCAGCAAGAACUCGAGCCUGAGCGCGUCGCCCACCAGCCAGCAGUCGGCCGCCUCCCUGGCGGCGCCCGGCGAGGCCCCGCCGCCCCCCGCCGCGGCCAAGCCGCCCAACAGCAAGAUGUCCGGCCUGCUGGCGCAGGCGCUGCCCAGCAACAUCCCGCUGGCCCUGGCGCUCUCCAACUCGGGCAUGCCGGCCGCGGGGCCCUUCUUCCCCAUCCUGCCCGGACGCGUGAGCACCCCGCUGCCCGUGGGCACCCCCGGCCUGAUGGGCGCCCUGUCCUCCGGGGCCGGGGCUCCGGACACCCCCACGCCGGCCAGCUCCGGGCCCGGCGACUCCGCCCCGGCUGCCUCCACGUCGUCCCCGGCCCCGGCCGCCUCCAUCAUGGAGAGGAUCUCCGCCAGCAAGGGCCUCAUCUCCCCCAUGAUGGCCAGGCUGGCCGCCGCAGCCCUCAAGCCCUCGACGACGGCUUUCGAAGCAGGGAAUGGGCAGCAGCAGCAGAUCCCCCCUGGACGGUUCCCCCCAACCCAGGUGAAGCAGGACCCUGGCGAGAACCCCUCGACUUCCUCCUCCUCAGGUUCCCAGGAGACCUUGCAGGACCGCAGUCUAGACCUCAGUGUGAAGGAGCACGGCAAUGAAUCAAAUAGCCACGCAGUCGCAGCAAAUUCAUCUCUUUUAUCCUCGCUUAUGAAUAAGAUGUCCCAAGGCAACCCCAGCCUCGGAAGCCUGCUGAGCAUCAAAACCGAGGCAGAAGGGGGCACCACCGGAGAAUCCUCUCCGUACCUGGGCAAGGCUGUGAAGAGCCUGGUUCAGGAGAAGUUGUCUGAGCCCUGGAAGGCAUACCUGCGCAGGUUCGGCACCAAGGAUUUCUGCGAUGCCCAGUGUGAUUUCUUGCACAAAGUUCACUUCCACUGCGUGGUAGAAGAGUGUGGCGCCCUGUUCAGCACCCUGGACGGGGCCAUCAAACAUGCCAAUUUCCACUUCCGAACGGAGGGAGGAGGAGUGGUAAAAGGAAACACGGAAGCUUCCUUCCCAAACACAGCGGCUGAGACCAAGCCUUCGCUAGCCCCGUCUUCGCCUCCGGCACCCUCUGUCACCACUGCAGCGGCAGCGGCGACCGCUUCCAGCCUGGAGGUGCCCACUGCCAGCCCGGCCACCAUGCCCUCUGCCCCGACCCUCCUGGCCUGGAAGCAGCUGGCUUCCACCAUCCCUCAGAUCCCUCAGAUGCCUCAGAUUCCUUCGUCGGUGCCGGGGAUGGCUGCUUCGCCCUUGGCCACGACUUCUCUAGAAAACGCCAAGCCCCAAGUCAAACCCGGAUUCCUCCAGUUCCAGGAGAACGACCCCUGCCUCGCGAACGACUGCAAAUACGCCAACAAGUUCCACUUCCACUGUCUUUUCGGAAACUGCAAGUACGUCUGUAAGACCUCCGGCAAGGCCGAAUCGCACUGCCUGGACCACAUCAAUCCCAGCAACAACCUGGUGAAUGUGCGAGACCAGUUCGCUUACUAUUCGCUGCAGUGUCUCUGUCCAAACCAGCACUGUGAAUUCCGGAUGCGAGGCCACUACCAUUGCCUCCGGCCCGGCUGCUACUUCGUGACCAACAUCACAACCAAGUUGCCCUGGCAUAUAAAGAAACACGAGAAGGCCGAGCGCCGGGCAGCUAACGGGUUCAAGUAUUUCACCAAGCGCGAGGAGUGCGGGAGGCUAGGCUGCAAGUACAACCAGGUCAACAGUCAUUUCCACUGUAUCCGAGAGGGCUGCCAGUUUUCCUUCUUGCUGAAACACCAGAUGACGUCCCAUGCCCGGAAGCACAUGCGGAGGAUGCUGGGGAAGAACUUUGACCGAGUUCCUACUCAGGGACCUCCGAGCCUGAUGGACACUGAGACAGAUGAGUACAUGGAUUACACAGGCUGCAGCCCCGGGGCGCUCUCCUCUGAAUCCUCCAACAUGGACCGAAGCUGCUCCAGCACCCCGGUGGGCAAUGAGAGCACCUCCGCAGGAAACACCAUCACCAUGCCAACCGCCUCCGGCGCCAAGAAGCGCUUCUGGAUCAUCGAGGACAUGUCUCCCUUCGGCAAGCGCCGCAAGACGGCGUCAUCGCGCAAGAUGCUGGACGAGGGCAUGAUGCUGGAGGGCUUCCGGCGGUACGACCUCUACGAGGACUGCAAAGACGCGGGCUGCCAGUUCUCGCUCAAGGUCACGCACUACCACUGCACGCGGGAGAACUGCGGCUACAAGUUCUGCGGGCGCACGCACAUGUACAAGCACGCGCAGCACCACGACCGCGUGGACAACCUGGUCCUGGACGACUUCAAGCGCUUCAAGGCGUCGCUGAGCUGCGGCUUCGCGGACUGCCAGUGGUCCGGCAACAGCACCCACUUCCACUGCCUGCGCUGCGGCUUCCGCUGCACGGACAGCACCAAGGUGACGGCGCACCGCAAGCACCACGGCAAGCAGGACGUGAUCAGCGCCGCGGGCUUCUGCCAGUUCAGCUCGAGCGCCGACUGCGAGGUGCCCGACUGCAAGUACAAGCUCAAGUGCUCGCACUUCCACUGCACGGCCCCCGGCUGCAAGCACACCGUGGUGGGCAUGUCGCAGAUGGACUCCCACAAGAGGAAGCACGAGAAGCAGGAGCGGGGCGAGCUCAUGCCCGCCGUCAGCCCGGGGCCCGAGGGGCUCCCGGCAGGCCCCCCCGUGGGUCUCGACAGUUCCCUCAACCUGGGCGCAGACGCCGGCGGCUCCCUCUUCUUCCUGCAGAAUGCCGCCGCGGGCCUGGGCCUCAACGACUCUCUGGACCUGAGCAAGAAGCCCCCUGAGGGCCAGGGCCCCUGCCCCGCCGACCCUCCGCAGGCGGUACCCUGCGCCGCCGGGGGCCUGGACGACUCGUCCCAAGAGGAAGAGGAGGAAGAGCUGGAGGAGGCGGAGGAGGAGGACGAGGAUGACGACGACGAGGACGAGGACGAGGAGGAUGAGGAAGAAGAAGACGACGACGACGAGGACGACGACGACGAGGAGGAUCUGAACACGGAUUCCGAGGAGUCGCUCCCCGACGCCGCCCCAGGUGAAGCCCUUGGCGCCAAGGGCUCCGGGGCAGGAGAGGAGACAUGUCCCCUGAACCACAGCGAUGCUUCCCGGCAACCCGCGGGAGACUUGACGGCUUCUACCUCCCCGUAGCCUCCCGGACAAGGCGUGUGUCCUGUUCGUUUGUUUGCUUGUUUGUUUGAAAGUAAGACACAACAGAGACCCAGAACCCCCAUAGAAGAGAGCCCUCCAGCAUCUCCCGCGUGGCCACGCCAGAAACCCGACGGCUGGCGGCCCCACGCCCAGCCCAGCUGGCCCGGCUGCCGAGGAGGGGGCAGAGGCCCGAGGCAGGGCGGGUCUGCGGGGUACCUGGCUUCCAGUUUAGCGUGCAGAUGAAAUGGAAACUGGUGAAAGUGGGGGAGGGGAGAGCCAGAGCGUCUCAUCUCCUUGGGGGCCCAGGGCAGCCCUCCGGGCCUGGGACUUUCCCCGUUUCCCACUUCCUUUGGCUGUUUGGCUAGCUGGUGUCUCCCCAUGCCUUCCCUCAGCCCCGGAGGGGGUUGAGGAUCUGGGUCCCUUUAACCUCCCCCCCCCCCAGGUAUUUCAACAAAAUGGCCUUGGCUACAUGGAGUCUCCUUUUCCUCAAGCUCACUCUCCAGCACUAAACAGAAGGAAGAGGCUUCAUACGUGGAGGGUUGGGGGAGGGGGUAUUUAUUGUUAAACAGAAAAGCAUUUAAUGAAAGCGUGCAGGGAGGGGCUGAGGCGCCCAGUCGGUUCUUCCAGCCCCUCUCUCCCGGAUCUUUCCUCAUUAUGUUAUUUUUUUUUUUAAUUAUUUUUAAGAUAUUUAUAUGUAAAGCUUCCCUCUGUACAGAGAUGUCCGUUUGGAUUCCUGGUGGUGGUCUGGCCACAAGAGCAGGGACAGGGACACCAGGCCACCCGGGGGAAGUGGGGAGGUCCCGGGUGUCCCCUUGGGAGCCAGCCCUCGGGUUGCUGGGACGCGGGUUUCCCCCUUCCCACCUACCGGCUCUUCCUUCUUCCACCCAGCUAGGCUCUUCUGGUGCUUUCGAAUUCCCAGCACCUCUCCAGAACCGUAGGAAGGGAAAGAGGGGAAGGGGGGAGGCCUAGCCACCUCUGGAAAGGGGCCAGGAGCCUUGAGCAAUACCUGCCUCGGGUGCUGGUGGCAGCCUCCCCGCUCCUCGGUCUCGAGUCUAGGCAGCCCCCGGGGCCCUGGGGGAGCCCAGCUCAGGGAGGGCAGGCUGUCACCAAAGCAAAGAGGAGGAUCGCAGAAAUCCCUACCCUAGCCCCAAACCCAGACAGACCCUGCAGGACCCCUUCUGCUCAUCUCCACUGCUGAGGACGAGCAGAGGGGCCCCGGUGAACUUUUGGCUGGAGUUCGGGUACUUGCUUCAGGGAAACAGCUUUUGCCUAUGGGUGGGAAGGAGAGACACCCCUGUCUGGAGGGCAGAACGCCCUACAUGACCCAGAGCAGCUGAUCCACACCCAGCCUGGGGCUCGAGUAGGUCUCAGGGUCCCUCCUGCCCGUGGCUGGAGCUCCCUCCUACCCCCUUAAACACUCCCCCCUCCCCACGGGACUAUUUAUUGCUCAGGACUGUGACAUUUCUCUCGAGGGCUACUGUGAACCCUCCGGCUCCAGGGACCUUCCCCCUCCUCAGGGCUAUAUGGAGUCAGCCCUUACCAGCCCCCAUCCCCAGGGGCCUUCCCCCCCACCUAUCUCACUGGGCCCUCAGGAGUGGGGAGGGGAGGAGCACGGUCAUGGACAGCCCCAGGUACUAAGCAGCAGUCAGGGCCUAACUUUGCAGUUAGUGAUGCGUGGCAUGCCAAGCGGUGACUCCCAGCACCUCCCCCUCCUCUCCCAUCUCGUGCCCUGGCCCCGUUCCUGGAAGAAGGGAGGAAAGCACUCCACGGACUGGUCACUGCAGGAGACUGUCAAGGAAAUCUCAUGGAAUCAAUCGAACUGGGAAACCUUCGCUAGACUUUGCCCCACUGUGGUGGCCCCAAAGAUCCCCCAAACCUAGGGGGCAUUUUUCUCCCUCCCUCUUUGUUCUGAAAGGUUGGGGUGAGGAGGGGGAAAGCGCGUCUGCUUUUUCCUUUUAACUCCCAAUCCCACCCUGGGAAUAAACCCCAGGGGAAACUUGCAGUUUACAUCUAUCCUAAAAGGGGAGGACUGAAUGGUGCUGAUGGAGAGAAGGAAAAAAA